UCAAAUGUAAAAAUCGGGUGGCAGCAUUUUAAACUUAAAGCAGCAUUGUUGCAGCUUACAGCGUUAACAAAAUAAGUUCCGCUUUGUCUUCACAUAUGUUCCGGCAAGAAACUCGAUAGAAUUCGAAUAAGUACGCUAUUUUAUCGCCUAAAAUUUUAUUUUCGGCAUCGACCUCGUUCAAUGGACUGUUUUCACCACGGCAAGCUACACAGCCGAUUACUCAAGAAUGCUCUUUGAUCCACGACUGGAAAAACGGCUGUUUGCGCCUGUUGAGAUGGAGCAUUGUCGUGUUUGGCCUAGAGUAAAAUUAUCUCAGCAGUUGAUUAGUGAUGCUUGAGCAGGAAUGCCAACACAAUGGUUAGCGGCGUCAAAACAAUGUGGACGUUAUUUAUAUUUGCCGGCCUCUUGCCGGUUGUGUGUUACGCGGACGUUACACAGAAUUUCCUGGUGGACGAAGGAGUACCGCCGGAUGUCGUAAUUGGUAUGCUAAGCGCUCCCAGCGGAUCACACGAUGCCUAUCCGCCGCCACCCUACAUCAUCAUGGCCGAUCAGGAGACUGUCGGCAGUGAUUUGUUCAUUAACGAGAAUACCGGUGAAAUUAGGACAAAAAUCACAAUGGACCGCGAAGUGACAGAUUUUUAUUCUUUUAUGGCCGUUCCAUUGUCGGGUGGGCCGAAUAUUCGGGUGCGCAUUGCCGUACAGGAUGUGAAUGACCACUCACCCACCUUCAAGUCCGAUGGGGUUAAUAUUGAAUUCUCCGAAUCGCAGCCGCGCGAUACACGCCGGAGUCUGCCGCCCGCAUACGACCAGGAUGUGGGCAUUAACAGUACACAGCGUUAUGAGAUUGUGUCAGGUAAUAUUAAUCAAGUCUUCCGGUUAUCCUCGCGGCGCGGUCGCGACGGUACACUAUAUCUGGAUCUGGAAAUUAACGGAGUUUUGGACCGUGAAACGGUGGAGAAUUAUCUCUUGACCGUUGAAGCGUACGACGGUGGGAAUCCGCCGCAGACGGGCCGCCUGAAAGUGAACAUCACUCUACUGGAUGAUAACGACAAUCAGCCGUUAUUUAGCGAGAGCCGCUAUUACGCCAGUGUUCUGGAGAAUGCCACCGUGGGGACGGAACUGUUGCGAGUGGAAGCGACAGAUGCGGAUGCGGGACGGAAUGGCCAGGUUUCAUAUUCGAUUAAUCGCCGGCUAAGUGAUGGGGAACAUAUUUUCACAGUCAAUUCCCAGUCGGGGGUGGUCAGUCUUAAUAAGGCGCUAAAUUAUGAAGAACGCUCGGCUUACGAACUGGUCAUCACGGCCCGGGACAAUGGCACGCAGCCGCUGGAGUCUUCGGCCUUUGUCUACAUCGACGUGCUGAACGUCAACGACCAGCCGCCGCGGAUCGACGUGGUUUUUCUGAACAACGCCAGUGGGUUUGUGGCGGAAAAUGUCCCAGUGGGAGAAUUUAUUGCGCGCGUAUCAGUUGUCGAUGAAGAUGCGGUGCCCGGGGAUUCUAAAAUUCUUUUGAAUAUGACAGGCGAUAUGGACAAAUUCGAUCUACUGUCAGAAACAGCAUCAGUUUUCAUGAUUCGCGUCAAGAGCGGCCUAGAUUAUGAGGCGCAGAGCAAUUACACGUUAUCCCUCGUCGCCUCUGACGGCGGCAUUCCACCGUUGUUGAGUGAAAAAUUUGUUAGCCUAUUAGUCCACGAUGUAAAUGAUAAUGCGCCUGUUUUCGAUAAAUCUGUCUAUCAAGUCGAGACGUCGGAAACUGUGGACAACGGCACGGUGUUGCUGCACGUGUCAGCUGACGAUGUCGACAGCGGGGACAAUGCCCGCGUGGAGUAUUUUUUAUUAGAUCCCGCUGAUGCUAAAAAGAUCCGUAUUGACCCCACCACAGGUAUAAUCCAGUCGGCAAUGGCGUGGGAUUGUGGAACGGCCAACAUGGACAUUGUAAUCGGCGCUCGUGACCACGGAAAGCCGGUCUUAUCUUCGACAGCUGCUGUCCGACUGGUGUUCCGCUCCGACGACGACACCGCGCCCGUCUUCCACCGGCACUGGUACAAUGUGUCUCUUCGGGCGGAAGAUGCUCGUAUUGGCAAUUGUUUUCUUAAGAUCGAAGCCAAUGAUUCGGGAUGUUCAACCAUUGGAAAAAUUCAUUACGGUUUUCAUGCUUCAUGGACGGAUGAUUAUUUUCGGAUUAAUCCUGAUACAGGAGAGAUCUGUGUCUUCCGCAGCUUGGACCAUGUCCCUACGUCUGUGAUACAGUUUGCUGUGCAAGCUUCAGGACAAGGCAGUGUCAGCACGACUGCAUUCGUGCAAAUCCACAUGCCUCCUGUUAGCAUGUUCAAAAGUAAUUACUUCAUCGCGGAUAAAUUUGUUGUGAGCAUUCACAAUUCCCUACCUAUUGGAGCCCAUGUGGUGCAGCUGAACCCCUUCGACAAUGCCGCGUCCAAGGAUAGCGCACAAGAGCUCACUUUUGUGUACUCAUUGGCGUCUGGUAAUGAUUACGGACUCUUUCAAAUCACUCCAGCAUCAGGCUUGAUACAAACCGUCAAACUGCUACAUGAUCACAUUGGCCAACAUCGACUGCUGGUUAAUGUCGAUGAGACAUCCGGUAAACUGCCCAUUGCCCAGCUUGAAGUGCUCAUCAAAGUGGAUACCCAAGUGUCCUACUUUACGACGAAAGUGUACAAGUUUAGUGUACCGGAAGAUGCGGCAGUUCAUACCAGCAUCGGGACAGUUGCAGCAGCGUCGCAGUAUUCUGGAAAAAUCAAAUUUUUUAUGGGGCCUCCUGGAUCCAGCUUGUUCGAAGUGGACCCGGUUAGCGGGGUUAUCCGCACAAUUGCUUUUUUGGACCGAGAAAUGCAAGCUUUUCAUGUUAUUAACAUUGUUGCACGGUCUGCUGACCAGUCGAGCGAAGACAGCUGCCAGGUGAUUAUUUCCGUUAACGAUGUGGACGACAAUGGUCCAGCGUUUCGCAACAGUGAAGUGACACUGCACGUGCCGGAGAGCGCUCCAACAGGUGACGUGAUUUUCCAGGCCAUCGCUUCCGACCGCGAUGCGCACCACAGGCAGCCACUACACUACCGACUGGCGUCCGGCAGUAAUCAGGACCACUUCCAUCUGGAUGUGAAUACAGGAAUAUUGACCAUCAACAAACCACUCGAUUAUGAGAACACUUCUGUCCAUGAAAUUAUUAUCCAUGCAACGGAAACACUUGUGCCAGCUCCUAAACGAGCUGCUCUCCGCGUGCGUAUCCAUGUUCUUGACCGCAAUGACCACAGCCCAGUUUUUCAGCAAGCCUUGUAUCGAAUCGAAAUCCCUGAGUCACAGGCGGUGGAUGAUGUUAUUGUGCAAGUCAAGGCCACUGACGCCGAUGCUGGCAAGAGUGGUAGAAUUACGUACCAAAUUGAUGGAUCCUCUAACGUUGAACACUUAUUCGGUAUUUACCCGGAUACGGGGGAAGUGUUCCUGCGCCAGCAACUGGACCGUGAACUUCAAGACAUCUACACUUUUUGGGUCCAAGCAAUUGAUCAGGGCAAACCCCCAUUCAAAGCGAUCACAACCGUAAAAGUUACCGUUACCGAUGUAAACGACAACAACCCAAUUUUUAGCCUCUCCAUGUAUAAUUUUUCCGUGUUUGAGAACGCCAAACAAGAUAGUUUCGUGGGGAAAGUUCAAGCGAAUGAUGCCGAUUUCGGGAAAAACAGCCAUAUCGUGUACGGAUGGAAGUGCAAUGAUUCGGCGUUUCGCAUAGAUUCGAAAACCGGUGAAAUUUUUGCGAAAAAGGCUCUGGAUCGAGAAGAAUUAGCGGUGCACUCGUGCACAGUCACGGCACUAGACAUGGGGCAACCGGCACGCGAGUCUUCGGCGACAGUAGCAAUUGCGGUGGGCGAUGUGAACGAUCACUCACCGGUCUUUGUGGUCCCGAUUGAUGAUGUUAUUUGGGUAUCUGAAGGUGAACCGGAAGGAACUGAAAUUCUCAAAGUCAUAGCGAAAGAUGCCGAUGAUGGCGAGAAUGCUCGAAUUGUUUUUUCCCUUGCUUCCGACGAGGACUCCCGGACAUUCUCCAUUCAUCCCUCCUCCGGCACCAUCCGCAACCAAAUGGUUCUGGACCAUGAGAAGCAGUCAGUUUUCCACCUGACUGUCAUCGCGACCGACCGCGGCAUUCCCCCAAGAUCGACAAGCAAGCCCCUCACUAUCAAUGUGGCAGACAUCAAUGACCACCGACCGACGUUCUCCACCUCGGUCAUGACCAUCGAGAUAACCGAGGGGACUCCAGCCGGCACGGAAAUCGGUUCGGUGCAGGCCAGCGAUGCCGAUUCCGGUGAGAACGGUCGGAUUUUGUACUCCAUCAUCCGCGGGAACGUCUUUGGAGCAUUCGAGAUUGGGCGUACAUCGGGUAAACUGUUCACCGCCCGGGAAGUGGACUACGAACUGACGGCGUCGUAUAUGCUGCGUAUUCGUGCCGUAGACAGCAGCACACAGAAACCACGAAGUAGCUUGCUAGUGGUCAACAUUAUUGUCAUUGACGUCAAUGACUGUGCGCCAAAGUUUACCACAGAAUCAUGCUUGUUUUCCAUCCCGGAAAAUAUCCCCAUUGGAACGAAUGUGUGGAAUUUCACCGCAACGGACGGUGAUGCGGGGUCAUUUGGACAGGUGUUCUAUGAAAUUCCGUACCAGUUUCCCCAAGCGGUGUUCGAUAUUCAUCCGGUGACGGGCAUGCUAACGGUUGACGAAAAAGUGGAUUUUGAACGAAAUAAAGAAUUCAACUUUAUUGUUACGGCAUCCGACAGGGAUCCGGUUAAGAACCGAAGGAAAAAUACCAACUUGAAAUGCCGGGUGCUGGUGGAGGACGAAAAUGAUUACGCACCCAAGUUUGUUUCCCGGAAUUACGUUAGAAUAUCAGAGCGAGUGGACGAAGGCUAUCCGGUGACGCAAAUGGUGGCGUUGGAUGAAGAUUCGUACCGGAAUGGGAAUGUCACGUAUGAGAUUACUCGAGGCAAUGAGGAUCACGUUUUUGCUUUGGAUCCGGAGAGCGGAUUGAUAACCGUCAAUCGAACUUAUCCAAAUCUGAAAGCCCGCUCAUAUUCUCUAACGAUAAUUGCCACCGAUAAUGGCACUCCUCGACUGGCCACAAUGCACACCCUGACAAUUGAAAUCGAUUCACUUGGUGGAAAAUUCAAUAUUUUCAAUCAGUCACUGUAUGAAAUCUUUAUCAGAGAAGACACGGAUGUCGGCACCAAGAUUCUGCAGUUUCCGGGCAGCGACAAGUGGAGCAAUGGAAUUCGGUUUAAUGUUCCCGAAGAAUUCCUGUAUGAAAAGUUUAAUGUGGACCCAAAAACUGGCGACUUAACUGUAGUUAAGCCUCUCGAUCGGGAAACUAAAGACGUUUACAGCAUGAACAUUUACGCGUCCAACAAAAGCAAUCCCCAUCAAUACGAUUUCGCCACCAUCGUAAUAGAGCUUCUGGACGUCAACGACAACGCUCCCAGCUUCCAAGACACGUGCCAUGGCCUCUCCGUACCCGAGAACAAAGAAUUCGGCCCCAUUCAUAAAUUCAUCGCGAAGGAUGCGGAUCUGGAGGAAGGUGGGAAGAUCACAUACCGUAUCGAGAGCAACGAAGCCAAUCCGAAAUUCUACAUCCAUCCACGAGAUGGUGAACUUUCCGCAAAGUCCCUGGAUCGAGAGGAAAACGCAGAAUACACUUUGGUGGUCGUUGCCGAAGAUCAUGGCCGACCAAGUAAGCAGACUGUCUGUAAGAUCCAGAUUGCCGUACUGGACCGCAAUGAUAACGCCCCGGUAUUCACCACUUCAUCGUACCUGGUGCAUUUGUCGGAAAACGUCCCGAUUGGUUACACGGUUGCGAAAAUUAAAGCCACCGACAAGGAUGCCGGUGAGAAUGCUCGCGUAACGUAUUCCUUGCGGAACGACACUCUGGGAUUGCUGGCGAUUAACGAACUGACCGGCAUCGUUACCACCGCGAAAAUUUUUGAUUACGAAGAGCUGACCAACUACACCGUGGAAAUCCGGGCAACGGACAACGGGCCACUGCAGCAACUGACCAGCAGCUCCGUGCUGCAGAUUAUUGUGGAUGAUGUCAAUGAUAAUGAGCCGCAGUUCAACACGUAUCUGUUCGCGAUGAAGGUGCCGGAGAAUGUGGACGUUGGGCAACAGGUGGCACAAGUGUCAGCACAAGACAAGGACAGCGGGAAGAAUUCAGCGCUCAUGUAUAGUUUUGCGGUGCCGCAGCGAAAGUUCGAUAUCCAUCCCAACACGGGAGCGGUUACGGCCAAGCAGGGUCUGCGCGAGGGAAAUGCGUAUAGGAUGGCCGUUGUGGCUAAGGAUCAGGGAAAAGAUAUUCAGCAUUCUUCUAUCGGAAUGCUGGACAUUAUGGUCGGCGAUGCUGCUGUUCCACCUGUUCAACUGAAAUUUUCUAGUCCCGCUUAUUUCGCAUCUGUUCUGGAGAAUAGUCGAAUCGGAACUAACAUCGUCACGAUAAAAGCUACACGAACGGAUGGAAAGGACGACAAGCUGCUGUAUGCCAUUGCCGAUGGAAACACCGCCGGCGUGUUUGAUAUCAAUAAACGAACAGGAUUGGUAACCGUGCGCGAUAAUUCUGAUCUCGAUUUUGAGCGUCACAAAACUUUCAACUUGACGGUGUCUGCUGAAACGGAAUCGGGAGAAAAGUUGCAGUCGUUUACAAAAUUAACCAUUAGUCUCACCGAUGAAAACGACCAAGCUCCAGCGUGCAGUCAGAGCAAAUACAGCUCAUCGGUGUAUGAGGGAAACAAUAAAGGAACAUACGUAACGCAGCUGUACGCGUCAGAUGGGGAUUCGGGUGCCAAUAGUCGGCUGACGUUUGAGAUUAUUGACGGUAACCACGACGGGGCAUUCGUUAUUGACCCGCCAUACAGCGGAAUUGUUAAGACAAACAUGGUGCUUGACCGCGAAAUACACGACGCCUACCGGCUGGUUAUCGCGGUGAAGGAUGGCGGGAAGCCACAAAAGACCGGAUUGUGUACACUGAAAAUUAACAUUGGCGACAUGAAUGACAAUGAUCCAGUGUUUCCCAAUUAUGAUCGUAUUUUUGUAUCGGAAGGGGCAAGCGUGGGAAGCGUGAUAUUUACGGCAUCUGCGAACGACGUGGAUGUCAACUCUGAACUAUCGUACUCCUUGGUAGACAACGGGAAUGGUACAUUCUCCAUUGACGGCCGGAGUGGAAAGAUUACUUUAGCUGCUCCAUUGGACCGCGAACGGAAAAGCUCUUAUAUGCUGGUGCUGGAAGCCUACGAUCAAGUGCACCGAGCCACGACUAAUCUGACGGUUAUUGUUCGCGAUGAAAACGACAAUGCCCCGAGCUUUUCUAAGACCGACUACAGAGUCACCGUUCCGGAAAUGACACCGGCUGGAACGAAAAUCCUGUCCGCCCUAGCUAAAGACGCUGACCAAGGCACCAAUGCCAAAGUGCGCUAUUCCAUCAAAAUUGCCCCUGUUGACGGGUUUCGAAUUGAUGAGCAUUCAGGGGGACUGUACACUACGAAAACGGUUGUCUUCGAUCCCAGUCAGCCGCUUAUCCAACUAGUGGUGGUGGCCGAAGACCAGGGUAACCCCAAAUUAUCUUCGAUUGCCGCCGUCCAGAUCCAAGUGUCCAGUGUCAAUCGCAAUGCACCACUAUUUUCCCGCACUGUCUAUUCGGUCCAUGUAUCGGAAGAUGCUCCCAUUGGCCAAGAACUACUGCAAGUGUCCGCUCACGAUCCGGAUGCUGCCAAGAAUAUUCCUGUAACGUACUCUAUGAGCGGAGACGCUGACAGUGUUUUUCAACUGGACAGUCAGACCGGGAAGCUGAUCCUAAUAAAGCGUUUGGAUCGGGAAAACACUGCCAGUUAUGCACUGAAAGUUGUGGCUUCGGACUUGGAAAAGCCGGUGCGAAACACCACAGCGGAAGUCCUGAUCGCCGUUGAUGAUGUCAACGAUUGUGCUCCUCAAUUCAACGCUACGGAAUACAAAGCGUUGAUUAGUGAAGAUGUCAAAAAAGGGACGUUUGUGCUGCAAGUGAGAGCGGCUGAUUUCGAUCGAGGCGAAAAUGGAUCGGUGACGUACUCCAUUCUUUCUGGGAAUGAAGAAAAGCUUUUCAGUAUUAAUCCCAACAGCGGCAUCAUCGAAGUCAGUGGUGACUUGGACUACGACAACACAUCCGAGUACAAACUCUUUAUCCAAGCCCGCGACAACAAUGCGCUGACUCCGCAGUCAUCCGUGGCUCUGGCGACUAUCUAUCUGGAGGAUGCCAAUGACCACGUACCCGUUUUCCCCGUCAGCCGCUACAAGGAAUCGGUACCGGAAAAUUCUCCAGUGGGCACGGAGAUCUUCACAGCCCGUGCUCAUGAUCGUGACCGGGGCAUGCAUGGCAAAUUGCGCUAUUCUAUUACCAGCGGCGACGGAGCCAGUGCAUUCCAAAUUGACAGCGCCAGUGGAAAGGUAACGUCCAGCGGCGAACUGGAUUACGAGCGCAAACAGGUGUACAACUUUGUGGUAACUGCCACGGACAUUGCCGGCUCCCGGGCGGACGUCCAGGUAACAGUGAACAUUGAGAGCCGCGAUGAAUUUGAUCCGAAAUUCAGUCAGCCGCAGUACCGCUUCUAUAUUCCCCCGAUAUCGAAGAAAGGCGAUUUCGUCGGUCAGGUGUCGGCGACCGACCAGGACGCCGGUUCGGAUGGCCGCGUGGUGUACCAUUUCAAUCGGCCAUCGGAGCUGUUUAUAAUCAACGCCACAACAGGUAUAAUUUCUCUGGCGGAGGAUAUCCACAUUGAUAACACUUCUGUGGAAUCGGGUACGGUGGCCCCGAAACGACGAAGUGCUCGCUCCGUGCAGCCGGAAGACUCAGCCAUGGUGUUUGCCAGUUCGGGGAAAAAUAACUCCCGCACCGACGCUGCCAUUGUUACGGUGGUUUUCGGUGUGCCGCAGUUUGAGCCCGCCGUGGCUGGCUACACACCGGUUGUCAUGGGAAGCAUCGGUGGUGUGGCUGUUGUUCUGGUGAUUCUCUUUGUGCUGGGAAUGUACUGCUUUCGGCAGAAACGUCAAAAGCCAUGUCCCGAGCGCUAUGGAAGAGCGUUUGAUAUGUUGAGCUACACAACGUACAAUGGACAGCGAGAUCAAAACGCAGGACGGAUGCUUGAAGGGACCAACAAUCACUACCAUGAUCCAACCAAUGGUCCGUCCGAAAUUGGCUCCAGUGGGCGCGGUUCUGUGGAGGAUGAUCGUGUGAUGUUCGGCAGCCAAUUCUAUUCCGGCAUUCCGAAACCGCAACCUAACAGCUUCUUUCCGAAAAUGAUGCCCGACUCCGGCCUGCCGGAUUCGUUAGGGGAUUACGGUCAGAAAGCACCCCUUUCAUCUAGCAGCAACGACAACAGCCUUCACCGUUUUGAUAUGGAAGGCGGCUACGAAGCGGAUGGGCGUGAUAUGUUCUUGUGCACUUCGGAUCGGUCAUCCCACGGAUCAUCUAACCAGAGCGCCGCUAUGCGCUACGCACGGGACUACGAUUACGACUUUGACAUCAAGAACGGGAAUUUUGAUUAUCUGAAAUGGAUGCCGCCGUACUCGCCGAUGGCGGCGGUAUACGCGGAGAUUGCAGAAUUGCCGGAACAUCGCCACUCGCCGCCGAGUGUGUAUAAUCCAGCGCGCACCGAUUCCGCGCAAAAUAAAUCCUCAUCGUCUCCUUCGGUUAUGUUCUCGAAAAGCUCCAGUCAGACCACACUGCCAUGCAUGAUGCCGCAUUACUCCCACGGAGUCAAUCAUCCCGACCGGGAACAGGAGCACCGGCAUCCGGCUUAUCCAGUGCAGUACGCUGGCCGACGAUAAAAAUUAAUAGGACACAGCUUCGCUUUGUUGUUUUCUGGUUUACUCACCUGCGUUUGUGAUGUCGCUCAAUCUUCGACCAAAGUUUGUACAGCCAGCUAGCCAGUUGUUUUGUUGUUUUAUCGUUUCAUCUUUUUCGAUCAUCAUAGUCUGAUAUGACAACCUUGUUUUGUUAUUGAGUACACGGUUGACUCACUUUGUACACAAGAAUUA